AUGGGGAGCGGGGUCUGCCGGGGGUCUGAAUGGCAGGAGGAGCUGCUCCAGAAGGCUGUGAGCGCUGCGCGGGUGAGCGCGCAACGCUGGGGGCUGUCUCCACCUCUUCUGGCAAGACUCAGCCUGGACGCCGGGGUCCGCUGCCGCCAGAGAACCCUGCGCCCUCGCCCCCUCUCAGUGCAAGCGCCUCCAGGACUUCCUGAGAGCCCCGACGGGAUGCCUGCAGCCAUGCUCCCCUACGCUUGUAUGCUGGUGCUUUUGGGAGGAGACAACUGGGCGCUGCCCUUCGGCCUCAAAACCCUGCUCUACGCGAGUGGACACGAAGAUCCCGCACGUGGACGAGAGCUGGGCCCAGCGCGGGCCUUCGAGGGCUCGCUCUUCCCGAAGACCGUGCGGAGGGGAGGCCGGGAGGCCGGUGGCCGGGGCCGGGGGGCCGAGGCCGGUGGAGGCGCCGGGAUUCGCCCGGCUCCCAGGCGCCCCAACCGAAGCUCAAGAGGGCCCCCGUGUGGAGAGUCCCGGGAACAGCCCGGCAAGUGUGUGCUUCCCCCAGCGCUGGGGUGCCGCCCUGCACCUCCAGGAUCCCCGACCCACGCACCCACGGGGACCUCCAGCUUGCGGCCAUCGCUCCGCCAAACCCGACUGUUUCUGGUGGACGAGACGGUGGUGGGCCCGUCCUGCGAAGACCUCGUGGACGACCAUUUCGCAAGGCUCCGUGAAGAGUUAAGCUCUUGUGCUGGCACCAGAGAAGUGACCGGGGAAGUGAGAAGUGGCCACCUCCGCUGGGAGCCCCCUUGCCAGCCACCCACGCCUGAAGGCGUGCCCAUUACUGCAGUUCUGCCCCCCCGCCUUGAUGGCCCCUGGAUCUCCACUGGCUGUGAGGUGCGACCAGGCCCAGAGUUCCUCACCCGCUCCUACACCUUCUAUCCCAACCGCCUCUUCCGGGCCUACCAGUUCUACUAUGGAGAUGCCUCCUGCCAGCAGCCAACCCACUCUCUGCUCAUCAAGGGCAAAGUCCGCCUGCGCAGGGCCUCCUGGGUCACUCGGGGUGCCACCGAGGCCGACUACCACCUGCACAAGGUGGGCAUCGCCUUCCACAGCCACCGUGCCCUGCUCGAUGUCAUCAGACACCUCAAUCAAACCCAAGCCAUCCAGGAUUGCAUGGGAAGGCUGCCCCCAGCCCAGGCCUGGCUGCCAGGAGCACUGUAUGAGCUGAUGAGCACCCAGACCCAGGGGGACUGCAUGGUAGCACUGGGCUUCAGCAUGCAUGAGCUCAGCCUGGUCCGUGUGCAACGCAGCCUGCAACCACAGCCCCGGGCUGCACCCCAGCUUGUGGAGGAACUGUACCUGGGGGACRUCCACACCACCUGGGCGGAGAGGCAUUACUACAGACCCACCGGCUACCAGCGCCCACUGCAGAGUGCCCUGCACCACGCGCGGCCCUGCCCGGCCUGCCAGCUCAUCGCGCGCGCUGACGAGCGCCACCCGCCCGUGCUGCCCGCCCCGGUGGCCCUGCCACUGCGCCUGGGCGGCCGCUGGGCCAGUGCGGGCUGCGAGGCGCGCCCGGCCGUGCUCUUCCUCACGCGGCUCUUCACCUUCCACGGCGCCGGCCGCUCCUGGGAAGGGUACUACCGCCACUUCUCGGACCCCGCCUGCCGCCGGCCCACCUUCACGGUCUUCGCCGCCGGCCGCUACUCCAGGGGCACACCGUCUGCCAGGGUCCACGGCGCCACCGAGCUGGUGUUCGAGGUCACGCGAGCCCAUGUGACUCCCAUGGACCAGGUCACCGCGGCCAUGCUCAACCUCUCCGAGCCGAGCAGCUGCGGGGGCCCCGGGGCCUGGUCUGUGGGUGCCGAGCGGGACGUCACGGUCACCAAUGGCUGCCUGCCGCUGGGCAUCAGGCUCCCGCACGUGGAGUACGAGCUUUUCAAGAUGGAGCAAGACCCCCGCGGGCAGAGCCUGCUCUUCAUCGGACAGAGGCCCACCGACGGGUCAAGUCCAGACACCCCCGAGAAGCGCCCCACUUCCUACCAGGCACCCCUGGUGCUCUGCACGGGGCAGGCUGGAGCCGCCCCCAGGUCCCUGCAGCCCCGCGGAGGGGGGCCGUGUCCUCCUGACACCCCUCUCGCCCUGCUGCUCCUACUCCCAGAGCUGGCCUUCCUCCAGUGGYCAUGA